CAUAAUUACAUCUUCGAGCACAUGUCAACGACGUGGGGCAGUUAACUGAACUGUGCUUACUUUAUGACCGAAUUGUGCAAAUCUAACAGCGAGAUGUGCUGUUAUGCAAUUCUGAAAACGAUUGUUCUGUUUUUAAUAAGUCUGAAAAAAAUUUUUUUUAUUUUUUUUUUUUAUUUUUAGUAUUACGGCUAGACGUCGUAUUGUCAAAUAGAAUUUAAAAUAUAAAAAAAAUAUUAUAAAGUACAUGGAGAAACCUCAGCCAAUCCAUGAAUGUUUUUAGGGCAAUACAAUCAAAGCAAAUCACAUCAAAAUACAUUUUCAUAACCGUUCCCAAAAAAAACACCAAAGGAAAGUUCCUAACUGAAUGUCCCCACCCGAGCACGCUCACGGGAAAUUCAUCUCAAGGUUAACGCAAAGUUGGAGGGAUCGUAGCGUGCAACCACACACGAUGGAAGCCCAUUUGAUUGUUGGUCACUAUUUAAGCAAAGGGUUUUCUACGGUAACAGCACAGUUGCAAGUCGAACCCAUUCGAAUCCACAGCUUAGCAAGCAUAACAAACCAAAGAAAAUGAUGAAGAUCACCAUUGCCGCUCUCGCCCUUCUGGCCGUCGCCGUUGCAGCUUACGACCAUGAGGACUACCAUUCGCAUCCCAGCUACAAGUUCGAGUAUGGCGUGAAGGACCCGCACACCGGAGACCACAAGAGCCAGUGGGAACAUCGGGAUGGAGAUGUCGUUAAGGGAGCGUACACUCUGCAUGAGGCCGACGGAACUGAGCGCGUUGUGGAGUACUCGUCCGACAAGCACAACGGAUUCCAGGCCCAUGUGAAGCGUGUGGGUCAUGCCCAUCACCCGGAAGUCUACGGACACCAUGAGACUGGACACUCGUAUGGUGGACACGGUCAUGGACAUGCCAGCAGCUACGCCAACGGAAACCUUCAUCAGUAUCAUCAUUAAGGAUUAUGUGUUUGAUAUUCCUUGCUAGUUCCUGUGCAUUCGAGUGAAAUAAAAUAUAAUGUUAUAGACACAGAAAUUAUAUUAUGAGUUUCAUACAAGCAUUUGGAGAAAAAACAUAGCCUUACAAUUGGAGCACAAGGUUUCACACCAAAGCAAAAGCUAAUGAGAUCCGAAAUUGCUAAGUACAGUGUGAAAUGAAAUUUAUUAAUCUUUGUGCUCAUAUUGAACGGCCUGACGGUAUUGAUAUUGUAUGCUGUUUGAGUUAUGAUAACUGUAACACCAACUCUAAGAUCAAUC